UCCUCGUGACGUCAGACGCAUUUCCAGCCCGCGUGAGAAGACCAUAGCAAAAGUUUAUAAGAAAUAAUUUAUAAAAAAUAAAAAUUCUACAAAGCUAAAGAAAUCCGUACAUUUGAAUAUUUUUUCACUCUAAAUAUGAUGAACAUGGAAUUCUACACAUUUUGGAUUUUUGUACUUGUCGGAAUAACAAACGGAAAUCAUGCGAACAGAGCCAGGACGAAUGGCAUCGGUAGAGUUGGAAACCCUUUGUUUUCGAUUGGCCCUUUUGCAGUAUCGUCGUUAGGUGGCUUAGGAUCGUCGGCAACAUCGUCAUCGUCAUCAGCAUCAAGCGGGUCCUCUAGGUCAUUAGGUUCAACGCUAGGCGGAUCUCGUGGUAACCAAAUAGUUUCUCGGAUGAUGCCGUCCACGAGAAGGCGCGGGCGUCCAAUUUUAGCUCAAGUUCAAGGUCGACCUGUUCUUGUAAUAAAUAAUGGCGGCUCAAUAAAUCCAAGAUCUAGGGUAUUUUCCAGGCCAAUACAGGUUGCAGGUCGAAAUAAUCAUGUAGUCCAGAAUAAUGCGUUACUUGAACUGUUAGGAAUCGCUCCAAGUUCUGUUGGUUCCAGGAGAACAGUCGGACUUUCACAUCAGCCACCAGGUGUUUCAUUUAUAGGAAACCAAAGGUUAUCUGGAAAUCAUGCACAAAUUAUAUUGCCUCAAUCUGUACCAAUAGUUUCGAAUCAUUUGCUACGGAGCCAGACACCAGUUUCACAACUUGGACUUAUAGCAGGAAACAAGUUAUCAUCAGUAUUACCAAGUGUAGCAGCUAAUCCGUCUCCAAGUACAAAUACUAUUCCAGGAUUAACGGGGCUUACCAUAGGCGGUGUCACACCAAAAGGUGAACUUAUCAUUCAAGGCCCAGGAGGAAGCAUUACGAUAGGACCAGAGUUACUUACCGGGAUUCAAAGAAGAAAUGCUUUUCCAUUAUUUACGGAAUUUGAAGAAAUGGAACAGGAAGUUGGGAUGCGAGGACCAGGAGCAGUUAAAAAUAGUGUAAUGCUCACAGAGCCAGGACGUGGCAGUAUUGUUAUAGCUAAAGGACCAAACACCAGUGCCUCUAGCUCAGCUAUGGCAGGUGGCGCUGUUGCCUCAUCUUCCGCUAGUUCAAGCUCCUCUUCCGCUUCUUCUUCAGCAUCGUCAUCAAGCAGCAGUGCAUCAAGCAGUGCAAGUGCAUCUGCAUCGUCUGCAUCGGCAGGGGGUAUUCAUGAACCUGCCGUUGCUCUUGGCAACGGAAUAACAGUUGAAAGUGGGGGUACAUCGGGGAGAGUAAUUAGAAUCGGUGAUAACGGAGCAGCUGAACAAGUAAUAACAAUGGGGGGAGUGGGAAAUGCUGGCAGUGCAACAUCAGGACUUCAUGUACCCGGAAACGCAACAUUUAUUGUCGGUGGUUAAAACAUUUCACGUUUUAUAGUAUUUUAAAAGAUAAUUUUAUGCAUAUUAAACAAUAUUUAUAAUAUAACUUCAAUAUUGCACGAAAUCGGUGUUAUAAAUUCUUUUGAAAAUAUGAAAGGUGUAACUAACAAUUGGAGAAGGGAAGUCAAUGAAAUAGAUCUCACCGGCAGAGAGAUAUAGCUGCGCAUACAAUGAAUGGAGAGUGUUUCAGAACGUAUACAUUGGACUAGCGUUUUAUUUUACGAACAAGACUAAGAGUGAUCUCCUGUAUUCAAACAAGAAAUGAACAUUCUAAGAAUGCGAUUGUGUUUAUGGAGCAUUGUUAAAAGAAUGUGUUGUUACAGAUGUAAUCAUAGUGAGUGUAUUUAAUAUGAUCAGUAUACACUAUACUUAUAUAGACAUUCAUACACCAGCUCUUGUUUGCUUGACAAUUGUUGUCAAACAUUAUUAAUAUGCAUAAUGUGACAAAUGUAACUUUGAUAAAAAAACAACAUUUUGUUGAAUGUUCUUAUUUAUCUAAAUAAGUGGUGUUUAUGAUGUAAUGACUUGGUUUAUCUAUCAACAUAAAAUAAAAGCUGAAAUACGAACCUAAAGUUGAUACAAUAAAUAGAUUUAAAAAAAAACAGUAAAAAUUGUAUAUAUGUUGAAAAUUCUUUCUCAUUGUGUUUUUGUAAUUUUUACAAUAUAUAUGUUACAACAUACUGUACAGGGUUAACAUGUAAUAUAUAUAUGAGCAGAUGACGAAGAUGUUAACAUACUUUCACAUGUUUUAGAUAUUUGCACACACAUAGUGCUGUAUUUUGGGCAUUAUCCGCCCAUGAUUAGCAAACGGCAACAAUCGAGGCAAUUACAGCUUAUCAUUAUUUUAACAAAAUUAUUCUGUAAUUAUGCAUGUUGGUACUUGAUUGUUUGUCAACGAAUGUUAACAUAUAACUCUAAAAAAAUAUAUUUUUUUUUAUUUCAAAAUGUUACCGUAAUGGUUUUAAUAUAAUGCUAUACACGAACAUUCAAUAUGAAAUCUUGGUGAAAAUUUUAUAAAAAAAACCAUAUUCCACUCUUCCAAUUGUUUACAUAU